UCUAUGGAUUCAUUUGGUUUAUGUUAGAUUUAGAGUUCAUUUUCAUUUAGCAAAGUUAGUAGAAAGUUCAAUAGCUUAUAUAUUAUAUUAUUUGAUACAAAAUAUAAAGUUUAUACAUUAUGUGAAUGUUUAAUGAAUGAAAAAUUGUGAUGUAAAAAGGAAUGAAAUGAGUGGAAAGAAAAAGAAAAAGAGAGAAAAUGUGUAAAUAAAGUGGAUUAAUGAUGUAUUGUGUGUGUGAUAAUUUUAAUUGAAUUGACGAAGUUAUAUACUAAAGAAAGCAAAGAGAAGAGAAUGGAAAGACCACAACCAAACACAAUCCAAUAAAGAAGGCGAAAAAGAAUCCCAAUCCACAAAACCAUUUAAUUUGCAAACAAAUCACCAUACAAACAAACAAAAAUGGUUAAAGAAGAAUGGGUUUAAAAGGGGGAAAUGGGUCCCAAAUUCAAACACAGCUGCAACCCAUUUCACCAUGGCUUCUCUUCAUAGAAAGCAAGCUAACCAUGCUUGCUUUCUUAUUAUUCUUUUUCUCUUCUUCUCUCUCCCAUCUUUCUCUAUCUCUCUCUCUGAAGCCGAAGCUUCAUAUCUUACUCGUCGUCAACUAUUGACUCUCAAAAACUAUGAUGAACUCCCCCUUGACUUUCAAUACGAACUCGACAUUCCUGACACUUUCCCAAACGAGAGGUUGAAGAAAGCUUAUAGAGCCCUUCAAGCCUGGAAAUUAGCUGUUUAUUCCGACCCACAAAACAUGACUGCCAAUUGGGUAGGCGCCGAUGUUUGUUCUUACACCGGCGUCUUCUGUGCUCCGGCGCUCGAUGACCCAAAAAUUGAGGUUGUGGCUGGCAUUGAUUUGAACCAUGGUGACAUUGCAGGACACUUGCCUCCGGAACUUGGGCUUUUGACCGAUUUGGCUCUCUUCCAUAUUAACUCUAACCGAUUCUGUGGGAUCAUUCCUUCUAGCUUCUCCAACCUUGUACUCAUGUUUGAGUUUGAUGUCAGCAACAACCGCUUCGUUGGCCAUUUUCCUCUCGUUGUCCUCGAAUGGCCGAGUGCGAAGUACCUCGAUCUCAGAUACAAUGACUUCGAAGGAGAAAUCCCCUCCACACUUUUCACCAAGGACUUCGAUGCCAUCUUCCUAAACAACAAUAGAUUCAAUUCCCUAAUCCCUGACACCAUCGGAAACUCCACCGUCUCCGUUGUCUCCUUCGCCAACAACGAAUUCCAUGGUUGCAUUCCUAGCACUAUUGGCCAAAUGUCUAACCUCAACCAAAUUCUCUUCCUCGGCAACAAGCUCAGCGGCUGUUUCCCACCUGAGAUCGGAAACCUAGUCAAUCUCACAGUCUUUGACGUCAGCAACAAUGACUUCAUAGGUCAAUUGCCGGAAUCCUUGUCUAGCCUCCAAAAUUUAGAGAUUAUGGACGUUAGCAACAAUGAAUUGAGAGGCUCUGUCUCUGGAGGCCUUUGUAAGUUGCCUAAAUUGGCUAACUUCACCUUCUCCUUUAAUUACUUUAAUGGAGAAGAUGCGGCAUGUGCUACAUCUAAAGGAUCAGAGAAGCUCUUUGACGAUAGUCAAAAUUGUUUGGCAAAUCGACCUAUGCAGAAAGAUGCAAACAAAUGUAGCACUGUCUUGAAGAAAUCAGUGGACUGUGGAAAUUGUGGUGGUGGGUCGAGUUCUCCUGGUGUGCCGUCGACCUUUGAGGAUCCAUAUGAUCAGUCUCCAUCGCCAAGAUAUAGGUCUCCACCACCACCAGUGACCUCUCCACCAAAAUCGGUUGACACCCCUGUCUCAGAAGUGGAUACUCCACCAUCUCCCAUUGAGACCUCUAUUCCUUCGUCACCACCAUCUCCAAUUGAGUCUUCACCACCAACCUCAGUUCCAUCCUCACCACCACCCCUAGUUCAUUCCCCACCACCGCCGGUCUCCUCUCCUCCACCCCCAGUUCAUUCUCCGCCACCACCGGUUUCCUCUCCGCCACCACCAGUCUCCUCUCCUCCACCACCACCACCGGUCUCCUCUCCUCCACCACCAGUUCACUCCCCACCACCACCUGUCUCCUCUCCUCCACCACCAGUUCACUCCCCGCCACCACCUGUCUUCUCUCCUCCACCACCAGUUCACUCCCCGCCACCACCUGUCUUCUCUCCUCCACCACCAGUUCACUCUCCGCCACCACCGGUCUCCUCUCCUCCACCACCAGUUCACUCCCCGCCACCACCGGUCUUCUCUCCUCCACCCCCAGUUCACUCCCCUCCACCACCGGUCUCUUCUCCUCCACCACCAGUUCAAUCCCCGCCACCACCAGUCUCUUCUCCUCCACCACCACCAGUCUUCUCUCCUCCACCACCAGUUCUCUCUCCACCUCCACCAGUCUCCUCUCCUCCACCACCAGUUCUCUCCCCACCUCCUCCCGUCCUCUCUCCACCACCACCUGUUAACUCACCACCCCCACCAGUCCAGUCUCCACCACCACCUGUCAAUUCUUCUCCGCCGCCAUCAUUCGAGGAUGUAAUCCUUCCACCAAAUAUCGGUUUCGAAUACGCAUCACCGCCUCCACCACUGUUUCCCGGCUACUGAGGAGUUUCAUCUCAAAUAAUUUCAAAUUUUAUUGAGAGCCAUUAGUUUCAUGACUACAUGUUCAUUUGUAGCCCUAUAAUCCUUCAUAAAAAUUCAAAAAAAAAAAUAUUAUUUCUUCAUCA